GAGAGGCGGGACCGGGGCAUCUCGGGGCGGGGCUUGGGGCUGGAUCUAUGAGCCGGGAGCGGGGAUCCAGGAGCGAGGAGCCGGGAGCGGGGAACCGGGGAGUCGGGGAGCCGGGAACCAGGGCUGGCAGCGGCCGCCAUGAGCACGGUGGACCUUGCCCGCGUGGGCGCGUGCAUCCUGAAGCAUGCGGUGACCGGGGAGGCCGUGGAGCUGCGGAGCCUGUGGCGGGAGCGCGCGUGCGUGGUGGCCGGGCUGCGGCGCUUCGGGUGCGUGGUGUGCCGCUGGAUCGCCCAGGACCUCAGCAGCCUUGCUGGGCUCCUGGACCAGCACGGCGUGCGCCUGGUGGGCGUAGGGCCCGAGGCCCUGGGUCUGCAGGAGUUCCUGGACGGCGACUACUUCGCGGGAGAGCUCUACCUGGAUGAGAGCAAGCAGCUUUAUAAGGAGCUAGGCUUCAAGCGGUACAACAGCCUGAGCAUCCUCCCAGCAGCUCUGGGGAAGCCCGUGCGUGAUGUGGCUGCCAAGGCCAAGGCUGUUGGCAUCCAGGGGAACUUGUCUGGGGACCUGCUGCAGAGCGGAGGGCUGCUGGUGGUCAGCAAAGGUGGUGAUAAAGUGCUGCUGCAUUUCGUCCAGAAAUCCCCAGGCGACUACGUCCCCAAGGAGCACAUCCUGCAGGUCCUGGGCAUCUCUGCGGAGGUCGGUGCCAGUGACCCGCCUCAGUGUGACAGAGAGGUGUGAGGGAGGCGAAGGCCCUGGCCUCCGAGGAUCUGGGUGGCGUCUGCUGCCCUAGGUGUGCUGGAAGUCCACUUGGAAGAACUGUUCCGGAGGCGCUGGGUCGGGAUGCCGAACCUCUCCUGAUCCGCUGGCAGCAACAAGCCAUUAAAACUGCAGUUCCUGACCACGCACUGCUUCGCAGGCUCCGAGCCCUGCAUCCUCCACAGCCCCCACCUCGCUCACUGUUGGGGCCCUCAGGGCGGGCAGGGUAGCUGUGAGUCCCAGGUGUCAUCUUCCUGCUCUGCAACUUUCUCUGGAGACCUUGGGCCUUUGGCCUGUGGGGCACUGGGGAUGGUAACCUCACUGCCCUGUCACUCCCUUCAAAGGCGACAGACCCCAGCCCACGUCAGGAGAGGAGCGUGGGGUCAGCUCCAGCAGGGUCGGGGUCAGUGCCCAUGUCUGGUGGGGGCCACUCAGGAGAGUUGGGUUUUCAGGGCAGAGAUGGGCUUGAUUCCACCUGGUGGGGUGGGUGGACCCUGGAGACUCUCAGGUGAUGGGCCAGCCUGCCCCAAGGCCUUUUAGUGAUGUCAGAAUCAUUGUUUGCACCUGCUGGGUAUGGCCUGUGGGGUGGCCGGCCCAGGAGGGUCUUAGUCUAAUUAGGUGUGUCCAGCUUCUUGGCCACCUUUCCCUGGGGACCCUAACAGGCCCAGAGCAGAGCCCCUUACCUCCCAGGUCAGACUACCUGCUCAGGCCCUCCCCUCCCAUGCAGGCCGAUGACAACUGCAGCCCUCUCUGCACUCCCUAGUUCAGACCUGGGGACCACUGUGGGUUCCUGUGGGUCUCCCGGCUCCCUUCCCGCCCCCAAUCCCACCCUUGCGGUGGCCAUUUAAAAAUGCGUAGCAGGUGACACACUGCGUCCCUUUGUGUUCAGCUCCUCCUCUGGCUUUCAGUUACACAAAGCUAAAAUUUCAGGUUCCCAGCUGUAGCUCUCUGGGUCCCCCGGUGCCCCAGUGGGGCUCCCCGCAUCUGAACGUGUGGUCCCUGGGGGCGGGCACUUGGGGGCAUCCUGGUCACUGCUGGCCCUAGCAUUGGACCCUAGGAGACUUGACUGGAACUGGCUCCCUCCCCAUCAGCUCCCAGCUGUCACUCUGUCCCACCCCUGGGCAGCUGUUUUGCCCAAGGCCACUGCUACCUGUUUGCCCACCCUGGUCCCUCCCAGACAAGCAAGGCCUCUGAUUUCUUUGAAGCAUUUACUUAGCUCAAGUCUGAAGCUGUAGAUAUUGGAAGACAAUGCACCUUGGAGGGUGGGCAGGACACAGUUGAUUGUCUCUAUAGAGCUGUGACGGGGGCGCUGAGCCCCGUGGGUGUCUGUGGAGGGGGCUCCGGUCCAGGUACUGCACUGGACACUGCUCAUCCCUGGGUGUCAGGCAGGUGGCUGCACCCUAGGCCAGGUGCAGAGGCCUGGCAGGCAGGCUUGGCAUGGUUGGCCGGGGCAGGACGUACACUGGGUCGCCGCUAGCUGCACCUUCGUACAGAUGCCUCCGAGCAGCGGGUGGGCGUGGGCCGCACAGCGCGGCCGGGCCUUGGCUACCACACGCGGCAUCGCUCCUUGGGGUGCAUGGGGGUGCCCCGGGCACAGUGGAACGUGUCUGCGAAGGCGGCCAGGUUCUGCAGUGACCCCAGUACCCUGUGGGUGGGUGGGUGUGACAGCAGGAGCAUUGCCAUCUUGGACAAACAUGGCCAUUUUAAGUUCCCCGUGAUUAAAAACCAGCCCAAAACAUCAGCCUAAUGGCUCAUGUCAGUAUGAGCAGAAACAUUUCAACCGUGAGAUAAACCCCCAUCUGACCAGAAACAUGCCAAUCCUGAGAAUAACCUCCCCUCCAGCCAGAGAUAUUCCAACUCUGCAAUAAAACUCUCCUUCACACAGAAGCAUUUGCAGCCUGCGGUAGGCUCCCCCUUCCUAAACCCUUAAAUGCCCUUAGUCUGUAAGAGAAUGUCCCUGACCGAAAUCGGCCAGAAGCCCCGCUCAGGUUUAUUCCCAAAAUAAACCUGUCUCUGUUGA